AUGGCCGAUCCAUCAUACAUAGACUAUGAGGCCUUCCUAGACCCUGAUUUCUCUCCAUCGUCUUUCGCCAAUACCCUGGUGACAAGUACAAACAAUGCAACAGACACCCCAUUGGAUCUAUCCACGCCCUUAUCGCGGGUGCUCUUUGAUCUGCAGGAGAUUGAUACACAUAUCCACACACUGACGACCAAGUCAGCACUGCCAUUGCUCUCACAUACUCGAGAUCAGACAGCUGCAGCUGAUCAUAUUCUGCAAGAGUCCGGGACACAGAUCGCAUCGGUCACCCAAGGAUAUGAGCGCCUCGAAAAGGAGGUAUUGCAAAAAUGGGAAGCGGCAGACGCAGCGCGCAUUGCGGCAGAGAACUCGCUGGAAACGGUCCGCUUAGCACGGGCUGUGACCCGAUGCCUGACACUGGGCAAGCAGCUGGAGAGCCAAGUCGCUGAGAUCACAGGCCGAGGCGCCACAGGCCCAGCCAUCUCAGCAGGAACGGAGGGAGCAGGGCUACCAUCCAAUGGCAAGGACAGCUUCCGCGCUUUGGAACGGGCAGCCUACACUAUCCUGAGCCUGCGGGAGAUGUUCUCGACAUCCGCCAAGGGCGAGGAAGGGUAUGGCUUGGACCGGGUCAAAGUCGUUCGCACCUUGCGGGGGGAAUUUCUCAUUCCAGUCGAGAACAUGGUUAAAGCCCGAGCGCAGCAAACCAUUAAUCGAUUUUCACUUUCCAAUUCGGCUUCCAAUGGCCAUUCGUCUAUACAAUCCGGUUACAAACAAGCACGCGAUGCACGAGCCAGGUUGGCAACGGCUGCCACAACUUUAUACCUACUCUCGCCUGAACCAAAAUCACCCACUACCGUGUCCGACUUCAAGCCCGAGCUUCUCUUAUCAACCUUGCAAGGGUACAUGCACACUGCCAUCAUGACAUCUGUCAAUUCACUUGCCCGGGCACUUUCCCAACUGCCGACCAUGAACCAAACCCUGGCCGAUAUCUCAGCAAGAUGCCAAGACAUCGUCGCUCUGGAAACUAUCCUCAGAAACCUUCGCCCUCCACCACAUCCUCUCCUGGCCUCUCCCGAACCCAGCGAAACCACUGAAGCACCGGAACCCAAACUCAAUCUCCUCCAACCCCUCCUCCAAGCCCUGGACAGUUCCUCCCUCCCUUCCUACUACUGGCGUUCCCUUGCAUCAUCUCUCACGGCCCGCGUACAAGAAAUCGUUAGCCGGGGUGGUGUCUCCGCCCGCACCCUCCGGUCCCACCGAGACCGUCUCCGGGCCGAGAUCAAGGAGUGCGUCCUUCGUGCAUCCAAGGUCUCUGCCACGGGUCAUUUGGCUGAAAAAGGCCGCUCCGGAACAGACACCGUGGUUGUGGGGAACUGGGAGCGAGAAGCUGCUGUGAUGGUGACUGCGGUCGUUGGUCCAUUAGGGCGGUAG